AUGUUUCCCAAGGGCCCCGACUCGGAACUCAGGAAGGACGAGAACCCCCUGGUGGAAGCCCUCUUCAACUAUCAGAUGAUCCAUAUCGAGGCCUACGUGGUGCAUGUCGACAUGGUGUCCCAAAACGAGGUGGCCUUCAAAUUGACCCCGGAGACUAUCGAAGCCUUGGUAGAGUUCCACAAAGACGUGUACUCGGUCGACACCGCCGCCAGUACCUGGGAUUGGGCGGACAAGGAUACCCAGCUCAAGAAACUACAAGAGGAGUUCGUCCAGGCCAUCAACAAGUUUGUCUACCGGACAAGUGUGCAAGCCCUUGAAGGGUUGGAGGAGGAUGGUGCUGGAGAACUGCUCGGGGGACGGAGUGAGGAUGCGAAGACGGCGAUCUCCAACCUUUUCGUCCCAUUACUUCCCCCGCCUCCCCGGGUAGUUGAUGUUCUCCGGUCGACACCCCUCCUCCCCAGUUCGACCGGACCGGAAACAUGGUGGCAUGAUCCCGUGCAGCAUUCCGUGUCGAUGGACUCGUGGAAAGUACUGCCAUCCAGCCCAGCAACGGCCAGUACGGGCGAUUCUAACCCUAAUCUAUGGGCCAGCCUGAAUAGCAUGAGUGAGGUUCCGCUUGCUUCGCCAACACCAUCCUACAGCCAACCGUCCUACAGUCCGCCAUACACCACCUCGCCGUACAACGCCACACAGUUCUACAGCGCCGCUGCCACUGCGACGUCCCUCGCGGCUCUCCCGCUACCGAGCAUGUUGGUACAACCUUGCAGCACUGCAGCCAACAUGGUGGGAUUCGGCUGGGACCGAUGCCAGGAUUUCGCACUUCCAUACGGCGCAACGAUGUAA